CGGCGGCGCGCGCGUUCCCGCCCGUCCCGCGCCGCCUUCCCGCCAUUUUGGACAGCAGGAGCGAGUUGCCUCCUCUUGGAGGACAGGGAUGUAACAGCCCAGCGCUGCAGGGAAAAGCUGGGAAAGAGAGAAACAAAAGGGGAGGAGAAGCAGUGAGGAGGGGAAGAGCCUCACGUGGCUUCUCCGGGCACCAGCCAGCGCCUCCGGCCUCAGGGUACUUGUUGUGAGAGAGAAGACUCCCUGUGAGAAGGACACCCGGGGCCGUGCUCGCUUCUGCUUUCUUCCCCGACCUUUGCUCGCACCAGGGAUGCUCUGCCUGCUGCUUGCCCUGGCGCUCAGCCUCGUAGGUGCCAUGGAGAUCCAGGUCCCCGAUGAGCCCGUGGUGGCUCUUUUUGGCCGAGAUGCCACCCUGCGCUGCUCCUUCUCCCCCGAAGCCAACUUCAGCCUCGAUGACCUGAGCCUCAUCUGGCAGCUGACGGACACCAAGCGCUUGGUCCACAGCUUUUCUGGUGGCCAGGACCAGCUGGCAGACCAGGGCGGGGGCUACGCCAACCGUACGGCCCUCUUCUACGACCAGCUGGCCCAGGGCAACGUCUCGCUGCUCCUCCGGCGCGUGGAGAUCUCGGACGAGGGCAGCUUCACCUGCUUCGUCCGGGUCCGGGACUACAGCAGCGCGGCCGUGACGUUGCAGGUGGCAGCUCCCUACUCCAAGCCCAGUAUGAACCUGGAGCCCAACAAGGACUUGAAGCCAGGAGAUCUGGCGGCUGUGACUUGCCACGCUUCCCGUGGCUACCCCGAGGCCAGCGUCCUCUGGCAGGACAGCCGGGGCAGCAACAUCACGGAGAACGUCACCACGUCCCAGGUGGCCAACGAGGAGGGUCUCUUCGAUGUGCACAGUGUCCUCCAGGUGCUGGUGGAGCCCAGCAGCACCUACUCCUGCUUGGUGCGAAACCCGGUGCUGCAGCAGGAGACCCAAGCCUCCGUCACCAUCACGGGCCAACACCUCGCCUUCCCCGCUGUGGCUCUCUGGCUGACGGUGGGACUUGCCGUCUGCGUCGUGGGGCUGCUCGUCGUCCUGGUGUACGUGUGCCAGAAGAAAAUCCGCCAGAGCAGGGAGGAAGAGGAGGAAAACGCAGGGACGGAGGAGCGGGACGAGGAAGGGGAAGAACCCAAGACAGCUCUGCAGCCGCUGAAGAGUGCGGAGAGCAAAGAUGAUAACGAGCAAGAAAUUGAUUGACGGGAGCUGGGACACCCCCACGCAGCACCUUGUGUCCUGGACCAGCUGAGAUGUCCCCAGUGGGGACGAGCUCCGGGUCCCUUGGGGAGGGCACAGACCUGCUGCCACCCCUCGUCCCAGGCCCCGUCACCUUCCUCCUUCCCCAGCCACGUCUUUGGGGCGCCCUGGGGCUGGAGAGAGGCUGCGUGUCUCUAUCCCCAGCGAGCCCCGGAGAUCGGUGCAUCCUUCCUGGGGAUGGUGUGCGUGGGGUGGAGGCUCUUCCGUGUCUGUCUGUCUGUCCCCACGUGGGGCUGAGAGCGACUGGGGUCAACCAUUCCCCCUGACACCCUCUGUGCCUGCACCUGCGUGGGCCCCAGCCAAGUCAGCCGCCUUCCAGCUGCCUUCCAGGGCAAAUUUCAUUGCCCUUUCCAAGCCCAGAGGCCUCGAGAGGGGUGAUGGGCUCAGUGAGGUCCCUGGGAGCGACUGAUGGAGCCCCAGAGGCUCCGGGCAGAUGGAUGGGACCUGUGGGACCCCCAGGCACGGGGGGGACCGGGGCUGAUGCUCCUGGCCCUGAUGGAUGCACCGCUCUGGGGACAAUUAUUUUUUUCACGUUGCACCACUGUGGUUCCCACUGGACUUUUAUUUUUGCCUUAAAUGCAAAAAUCCCAUCGGGGCAGUUAUCCCCUGCCUUGAAUUAACCUGGGGGAUGUUUUGAGGCGGGAGGUCAAAAGGCAGGGCUUGGGGGGGACCUGCAGGCCAGGUGAAGCCCCCCCCGUCCUCCCUGUGGUGACAAAGCCAAUGCUUUGGGGGCUAAAGCAGUGGUGGGGACAAGCCUGGCUGGUGCGUGAGGCUGAGCCCUCCUGUUUCUCAUGGGAUCAGGGGUCUUUGCCCCUGUGUGUGUCCUGGGGGUCCUCCCUCCACUGCUGGGUACCUGCAGGGUGUGUGGGGGCACCCAAGCUGCUGGGGUGAACGGGGUGGUGAGUUCCUGGUCCUGCUCCGGUGGGUGAAGAAAUCCCCACUGUGCCUCUCUGGCUCUUCUGGUUUUUGUCACUAUUUAAAAUCCAGAACCUGAAGGGGAUUUUUGUGCCUUGACAAAUAAAUUCGGGGGUCAUUUUGGACAAUGCUCUUGAGGCUUGGCAUAGUCUCUGGGAUGCAGCUUUGGCUGCAAAUAGUUUAAAUGUUGGAAUUCCCAGAGUGAAAUCUUUAUGUUCCCCUUUCAGCCCAGCCCUGUCUCUCCCUUGGUCCCCUGUUGCUACUGUGGCACCUUGCAGUGUGCUGCCCUCAUCCAUCACCCAGCAUGGGGAGAAAACCACUCCAGUGAUGGAGAGAUGCCUGCCCUCAUCCCUCCUCUGUAUUUUAGUACCUCAAGCAGCAGAACGAAGAGCAAAAUCCCGAAGGGACAUUGUCAUCCAUCUGAGAUGGCUCUGAAAUUCAGGCUGGUUAAUCCCAUCAAUGGGAUGUGAGCAGGGUCUGAUGGGGGCUGCUGGGGAAGGGACCUUCCUAAAUCACCCACAGAGGAUUAUUUUUAGCUGUCCUUCCCCAGGCAUGAAGUCAGGCUCUGCGUUUCAAUAGAAAAAUAUUUCUGAAAGAGAGCAAAGGGAAAGGGUGCUGGUAUCAAACUCAGAUUAGGGAGGGGAUGGAUGGUGGUUUCAUUUAGAGGCUUUGAUCUACAGCCUGAAUUAAGCGCUGGCGCAAUUUUUAACGAGGUGCCAGGAGGUACCAUUAAUAUUAUUUAGCACCCUGGCGCUGGGCUGGGGGAAUGAAGCCAUUAACUACCCCUAGCUCCUUGGCAGGCAGCAGGAUGAGUUGUCCCCAUGCCCAGGACAUCUUUAAAGGUCCUAAGAUGGUGCCAGCAUCCCUGGGACCGUCUCCUCUAGCUGGGAGCUUUCUGGGACGUUUCUUUGGGCAGAUUUGAGGGAUAUUUUUGGCAAAGUGGAGCCUAGGCCGUGCAGGGAAGGGAGAUCUUUAGGGUAGCAAGGGAGAAACUCAUAAUUAAGCUGUGGCAGACCAGGGAAAAUGAUACUCAGAUGUCUCAGGCUGAUGAGCCAUCCCGAACUGUGAGCUGCUCAGGGCUGAGCCACUCACCGCUGUCCUGGGGAGGAUGUGCUGUGCUUUGGCAUGAGAUAAAGCACCCCAGGGAGGAGUUUACUUGUCCCCCUUGUCCCCAAGUGCCAUCCUGCUUUUGAGGCUGUCCAGGUGAUAGGUUGUUUUGGGGGAGGAAGCCAUCCAUCCUCCCCUUCAAGGUCUCUUUUAAAUCCAACAUGCUGAUUUAUGGGUGCUCUGGAUGAGACUCAGGCAGGGAUGAGGCUGGUUGGCUGUGAUGCCAUGGUUCUGCAGGGCUUCUUCCCCUCUCCAAAAGCCCCAACAUCCUUUUCCACCUGCUCCUGCGUAACGGUGAGCCUGGCAGCCAGGAAAGUGGGAUUUAACAGGGAUGCAGAGUGUGAAGGACCCGGCACUGAGAGCUGGCAGCAGCUCAGCUGCUGGAGCUUGCUCAUGUUUGCUCUCAUCCCUCCUGGGAGCAGGCGAGGCUGCGAGUUCAUCCAAACACCCUCAAUGGGAAAAAAAAAAAAAAAAACACAAUAAAAAAAUCACAUUUGGCAGGUCAUUUCAGAAAGCGCCGGGAAGAGUCUCUCCCCGGUGCCGAUCGAUGGCAACUUGAUUCUCCUCAUCAAUAAUAAAUAAAGGGCUCCUGCUUCUUC